UGGUGCCGAUGGCGGGUGAAAAGGCUGAGAAGCCGAAAGCUAAGGAGAAGAAACCUGCAGCCAAGAAGGCUGGUGCCGAUGGCAAGGUGAAGAAGGCUACCCCAAAGGCUAAAAAUAAAAAGCCCAAGAAAGGGAUGCCCCACUGCAGCCGAAAUCCGGUCCUGGUCCGAGGAAUUGGCAGAUACUCACGGUCUGCAAUGUAUUCCAGAAAAGCCAUGUACAAGAGGAAGUACUCGGCUGCUAAGUCCAAGGUUGAAAAGAAAAAGAAGGAGAAGGUUCUUGCAACUGUCACAAAACCAGUUGGUGGUGACAAGAAUGGAGGAACCCGGGUGGUUAAGCUUCGGAAAAUGCCUAGAUACUACCCCACUGAGGAUGUGCCUCGGAAGCUGCUGAGCCAUGGCAAGAAGCCCUUCAGUCAGCACGUGCGAAGGCUGCGGGCCAGCAUCACUCCAGGGACCGUCCUCAUCAUCCUCACUGGGCGCCACAGAGGCAAGAGAGUGGUUUUCUUGAAGCAGCUGGGCAGUGGCUUACUACUUGUGACUGGACCUCUGUCCCUCAACCGUGUUCCUCUGCGUAGAACACACCAGAAAUUUGUUAUUGCCACCUCCACAAAAAUUGAUAUCAGCAAGGUGAAAAUCCCUAAACACCUCACUGACGAUUAUUUCAAGAAGAAGAAGCUGCGGAAGCCUAGACACCAGGAGGGUGAAAUCUUCGACACAGAAAAAGAGAAAUACGAGGUUACAGAACAGCGCAAGGUUGAUCAGAAGGCUGUGGACUCACAAAUUCUACCCAAAAUCAAAGCUAUUCCUCAGCUCCAAGGCUACAUGAGAUCUCUUUUUGCCCUAACAAAUGGAAUUUAUCCUCACAAAAUAGUGUUCUAAACUUACCAAGAGCCUAAUUAAAUCAUUUAUACAUUU